UUGGCGGUAGGCAGCCAGUGACAAGCCGUUCGUUCGUUACCCACAUCACACAGAGGUUAAGUCUGUCUAGAUCUGACGUCUAUCAUAAAAACUUUCCUGAGCCCUUCCACUAAACUAUAAAAACAGAAUAAAAUAACUGUCCCUAUCAGAAAGUUAAAAAAUAGAAAAUCCAGAAUUAAAAAAAACCAUUUCCCUAAAAAAUGAGUUGUCGGAGGGGAAAUGUGGAACGGUCUCGUUCCCAGAAAUACCAGAAUACACAUGCGUUCAAGAACACUCUUCACGACACAUCGGCCAAAACGAAGAAAAUAAAUACCAUACAAGUCGUGAAUGUCUGUGAAAAGUGCAAGAACAUUAUUGAAUGGAAGAUAAAAUAUAAGAAGUAUAAACCACUGAAGGCAGCUAGCACAUGCACCAAGUGUCAACAAAAAUGUGUUAAACAUGCUUAUCACAUCAUGUGUGGACCAUGUGCUCUCAAGCACGAGGUUUGCGCAAAGUGUAAUGAGAAGAGAGAAAUUAUCAAAGAAGUUACUCCAGGGGAAACCGUCAAGCUGGACAGAGAGCUCAGGCUUCUUUUGAAAACUCUAUCCGAAAGGAAGAGAAGAACUUUUCUUCGGUACAUGAAUAGAAGAGGUGAGAAGAAGAGUCGUGAUAAAGAGGUUGAGACACCUGAGGGGACCACGAACGAUGGAGAUGAUGGUACUGAUCAUCCUGGAGGUGCUGACGAGCCUCCACCGUCUCGAGAUGAUUUGCUAGAGAAACUAAAAUCUUUGAUGGUGUCCAAAGAUGAUGAUGAUGAUGAUGAGAGAUUUGAUGAUUCUGAUAAUUCCGCUGGUGAAGACUCUGACGAGAGUUCUAUCAAUUAAUCUAGACAGUUUCAAUUUUUUUUAUUUUCUGAAAUGUACAUAUUGGAAAUUGAGAUAAAGAAUACUUCAGGCAGAUGA